UCCUAUCUUUAAAAGGAAAUAUAUAUUACAAAGUCUGCAAAAGAGAACUUAAGAAGAAAAAAACAUGGAAAAUGGAAACAAAGAUAGGUGCAUUUGUUGUAGCAAUUUAAGAAUAUCUCAAGAUUUUGUGCCAUCAUCAGAAUUGGUUCGAGGAAAAGACCAUGAUACCCUUCUCCUUAAUCUUCCAGGUUUCAAGAAAGAAGAGAUAAAGGUUCAAUUGUGCAAAACAGGAAUUUUGAAGAUAAGUGGACAAAGGCCAGUCAAUAAUUUUUUAAGCUUUCAGAAGGACAUUCCUAUUUCAAGAAAUUGUGACAAAAGUAAAAUAAAUGCAAGGCUAAUAAAUGGCAUACUUUAUGUUAAACAUCCAAAACUCAUAAUUUCAUCAGAAAAAAAUGAAAAUGAAUUGCCAACCUCAUCAACCAAUGAACCAAAACAAGAUAAUGAGAAAACAGAAUUAGAUGAACUAAGUAAACAUGACAACAAUGCUGAGAAUUCCCUAGCCAAAAAAGAAGAACCAAAAAACACCAAUGAACAAACACAUGAACUUGUUAAACGAGACGAUUCGAUGAGAGAUUCCACGACGUGUACUGCUAGUGAUUUAUUAUUAGCAAAGUUGAAGGUGUCAAGGAAAGUGAUGAACAUUGCCUUGGCUACUCUGGUGAUAGUUGGUGUUGGGAGCUUUUUUGUCAAUGUGAUGAGGUCUCCUAAGAAAGCUAAAGAAUGAGACUAAUGUGGUGAAGUUACAAAAGUUUCAUAGUGAAAUGUAAUGAAUCAAUUUGUUAUUUAUUUGAAUAAUAAAGCAUUAGUGCUAAUGUGGUGAGAUGGUUUGUGUCACAUGUAUAUUCUACUCCCUUCGU